GCGAGCAGCGUCCGUCCAGGGAACGCCCCCACCUGCAGACAAGGAGCCCGAAGGAGCCGCUCUCGUGACUGACGCAGUGUCGCUGGAAGCUGGAAGCUCCCGAUAAAGCGGAACUCUUCAGUGUUUUUCACGGACUUUCAGCGAUGGUUUGCGGCGGGUUCGUCUGCACCAAGAACGCGCUCAGCGCCCUCAACGUACUCUACGUGUUGGUCAGUCUGCUGCUGAUUGGAGUGGCGGCCUGGGGGAAAUGGUUCGACCUGGUCUCCAGCAUCAGGGUGGUGGCGGGGGUCAUCGGCGUGGGCAUCUUCCUGUUGCUGGUCGCCUUCGUGGGACUGUGCGGCGCCCUGAAGCACCACCAGGUUCUGCUCUUCUUCUACAUGAUAAUCCUCUUCAUAGUGUUUGUCAUGCAGUUUUCUGUGUCCUGUGCCUGCCUGUCCCUGAAUAAAGAACAACAGAACCACCUGCUGGAGGCCGGCUGGAACCGAUCCGAGGCCACGCAGAGGGACGUGGAAAAGACCCUCAACUGUUGUGGCUUCAAUUCCGUCCCCCUCAACGACUCCUGUGCUGCCAGUUGCUUCAACGCCGUCCCUCCAACGUGCACGACGUGCUCGAGCACCAUCCAGCAGGCCGCGGGGGAGGUGCUGCGCUUCGUGGGGGGAAUCGGGCUCUUCUUCAGCUUCACAGAGAUCCUUGGCGUCUGGCUCGCCCACAGAUACAGAAACCUAAAAGACCCUCGUUCAAACCCCGGGGCCUUUCUAUAACCACUCACAGCUUAAUGAAGUACUUCUUCCUCUCAACUCAAUGCUAUCUGGACUUUGAAGGAAUAAUGUAAUUAUUGCUGGAUAGCCACAUAUGACCAUUAUAUGACAAUGAUGGUUAGUUGUAUAAAAAAAUAUAAUCUUAAGUGGGCCUCACAUCUAAAGGUUGAUCACUGUUAGCAUUAGCUGUAACUAAAGAAAACGAGUGCAUUUGCUUAUGAAUACAUCUGUUUGCUUUUAGUAUUUGCUUUUUGAUUCCUUUUAUUGACAUAAUACUGUGUUCUAUGUGAAUAUUAUUUCUUAUGUCUUUUCAGCUGAGGAAAGGAGAAACAAGCUAAUUCAGUUUCAUGCCGAGAGCUGGAUGACUCUUGGCAAAUAAAUAUCAAACUAUUCCUUUCCGUGUAACUUGAUGCCCGUGAGCAUCGCCAGUCUAAUCUGUCCCAAAGUGAGAGCGUUAAGAUAUGACUGACACACACACACAGCGAAUGCAAGGGGAUGGGUGUAACAUAUUUAAUUGAAGUAAUUCCUGUUGCAGCUUGAUAGACCUUUGGUUAUGAAAACCAGGUUUUUGUUGUAUGUGUAUUUAUUGCUCUUUGUUUCAUGUGUAAAAGCAUCUUAUGGAUUCACACUAAAUCGUCUGUAACCAUGUCAACAGUCAAACUUUCCAUCCACAAAUAAAGUUGUGAGAAAAAG